AUGUGUGGAAUGCGUAGGACUGUUGUGUCGAAGGAAGCAAGGAGAAAGAGGAUAGAAGGAAAUGUUGCUAUGAACGGCCAAGAAUUCUACGCAUCACAGUCUCUUUCUCGAGAACGUGCUGCUGCCGCGCCUACACAACCUGGCAAACACCCCGAAUAUGCAACGUUCGAUGUGGACAAGCCGACGCCGGGCGAGCCAGAGGGGGAGAGGAUUUUGCUUACUUCUAGAUCUAGAACUGUUUCUCCACCCAUAACGGGCACUGGAUCGGAUGGGUCGUUUACGAGGAGCAAUACCCUGACAAGGGAACCGAGUGACAGAAGUGUGGGAUAUGGUCCGCCACCCAGAGGUGCUGGGCCUUUGUCUAGACCUAUGCCUCCAGGGCAAGUAGGUAAUCAGUACUCGAAUGGAGCAUUGCCAACAGGGGCUGGAGUUCCGCCACUGCGUGGAGGUGGGUAUGAUAGGGGGUAUGGGGGAGAUGCAUAUGGAGAGCGGGGGCUGUCACCUGCGGGAUUUAGGGGACCAACCCCACCCGGGAUGUAUCCUCAUGCGGGAGGACUGGCUCCCCCGCCAAGGAGAGGCCCUUCGCCGGGUCAAUUUGGUCACCGACCGCCUCCCGGCAAUGCUUAUGGUGGCGGAGGUCCGGGAUAUGGCAUGGGCCAACCGCAGAAUAAUGCGAUGAUGGGCCCUCCUCCCCAAGGAGGGAUGCGUGGCGGGCAAGCUUCAUACGGUGUAAUGGGGGGACCGCCCACAGGAGUGCUGAUGGGUGGAAGGGGAGGACCUGUGCCUCCGCCUGGGCCACGGCAAUAUGAUUAUCCCGAGGGUGGGAUCGUUGAUGAAAGGAUGGAGUUUGAAAAGACACUACCUAUGGCUAGUGCGGUCGGAAGUAUGAGGGGGGAUGAACGUGGAGGUGGACCGAGUGGACCAGGUGGGCCGGUGGAAUUGGACACGGAUGAACGUCCUUCGGAACCUUCUCAUACUGGAAGAUUAUCUGUGGUAAACGAACACGGGGGAUCAACCCCACAAGACGAGUAAUCCCCCUCCCCCCUUUCUUACCCCAGACUGCUUCUUCCCUACUAAAGAAAUUCUACAGAUACAUACCACCACGUCAAGCCUGGCAACAACAACGUGACAAUGCCUCUUCCGAACAACUCCGCUCCCCUCCGCCGGUUGAGCUCCCCGCGGGCUCCCCCUCCUCUUCGCAUUCGGACCACCCCCCGGCACCUCCAACCAACGUCGCAAGCUCCUACUACGAAGAUGUUGUCCCCGCUUUCGACACUACCCUUCCGCAAAAUCAUCCCCGCUCCCUAACCCCAGGGUAUCCCGCCUCCCCUUCCUCCCCUCCUCACGAUCCUCCCUCUUUUCCACCACUCCCAAUAAACUCCCAUCGCAACCCCUCUAAUCAAACAUUUGAGGAUCUGCAGGAUGGGCAGAGGUCGCCCGCAAUGAGCCUUUCCAGCGGCUUCACCAGCAUCUCACAGAGACCGCCCAAUCCGAACUGGCAGCCACCUCCCCAGCAACAGCAUCAGCAGGGGAGAAGAGGGUUGACGGCGAGCCAGGUGCUAGGCGGAAAUCCGGACUUUACGCUACCGGGGAGUGGAAGGGGUGGGCAGAGGGGUAGAGGCGGCGGGCCAGUGGGUAUGGGAAGGUAG